AAGGGAUGUUAGAUUCAGUCGUUAAAAAGCUCUGGCACUUAGUUCAAAAGUUCCCAAACUCAAAACAGUCGCAAUGAGUGAGUGAGGACAGCACAGACACAGAGCGGGAAACUGAAAAACAAUUCACAGGUUAACUAAACAGGGAGAAUGUUUCUGAUUCUGAGCUGUGCUGAGAGCAAAGUAAGCGAGGAAUAGGAAACGGGAAUCUCCCCCCUCUAGGCUGUUGUCUGGACAGUGUUGCUUAUAAAUCUACUGCAUUCUUUGGCAAACAGCACUACAAGUGUGCUAUUUUAGAGUAAGAAACCUCUGGAUCUACCCAUCAAGCACAGAAACAGGAAAAAAAAGGAGCAAAGAAGCAGAACUUGAACUCCGAGUUUCAGAAAAGUUUGGACAAGUGAAGUUCCAAGUGAAGCGCUCUCAUCCGACCUGCUUUGAGGAUUGCCCACGCGAUUUCAUCCUUCCUUGGAUCAUAACUUUCCUACCGUCAGCAUUUUCCUGGUAUGGGCUGGCUGCUGUGUCUGUGUUACCUGGCAGCAAAAGUGGCCGUUGCGAUUGGCUCGGAAAGACAACAGCACCAGGUGCAGCAUGGCCCCUGCCGCUACACUUUUAUCCUUCCAGAGGUGGAGCAGUGCCGGCCUGCAGGGGACUUCCAGGUGACUAACUCCCUCCAGCGAGACUCGCCCUUGGCCCCGGAGUCGCCCCACGCUGAACCCACCUGGCAGGAAAAGAAGCUGGAGACCCUAGAGAGUGCCACAGAGAACAAUACACAGUGGCUGCAGAAGCUGGAGAGCUAUAUUCAGGAGAAUGUGCGAUCAGAGAUGGAGCGGAAUGUCAUUCACACUCAGACAGCCACCAUGCUGGAGAUCGGAACCAAUCUUCUAAGCCAAUCAGCUGAAAACACACGCAAACUGACAGAUGUGGAGACACAGGUGCUGAACCAAACCAGUCGUCUGGAGAUCCAGCUGCUGGAAUACUCUUUGAGUACCAACCGGCUGGAGACACAGCUCUUAGAGCAAACACAGGAGGUCUCCCGCCUCAAUGACAAAAACAGCUAUCUAGAACAGCGUUUUUCUGCCAUGGAGGCCAGGCACAGCAGACAGCUUCAGGCCAUCCAGCAGGAGAAACAGCAGCUGUUGGAUCUGUUGGACAGACAGAAUCACCUGGUCAGCCUGCUGGAGGGAGAACUGGCCAGCUCCACUCGUAACAGCACACUGCUCCAACGACAGCAGGCCACACUCUCUGACACAGUGCAGCAGCUACUGGCUAUGGUCACUCACUGUAACGAUAUUUCCACUCCAGUUGAAAAGGAGAUGUUGAUGUUCAGAGACUGUGCUGAGAUAUUUAAAUCUGGAGUUACAGAAAGUGGGAUUUACAACAUUAAUCUUCCUAACUCAACCCAGAAAACUAAGGUGUUCUGUGACAUGAAAACUAAAGGAGGUGGCUGGACUGUCUUUCAGCAUCGCUAUGAUGGAUCAGUAGAUUUCAACCGUGGCUGGAAUGAAUACAAACUGGGAUUUGGAGAUCCAUCAGGAGAACACUGGUUAGGAAAUGAUGUCAUCCACCUGCUAACAACAUCAAAGGACUACACUCUCCAGGUCCACCUCAAAGACGCAGAGGGACAGCAGGCUUAUUCUCAGUAUGACCAUUUCUAUAUUGACGGAGAGGAUAAGAAAUACAGUCUUCAUGCAAGUGGUUUCAGUGGUACAGCUGGACGAACCAGUAGCCUUACCCAGUCAGGAACCCUGUUUAGCGCUAAGGAUCAGGAUAAUGACCAGUGUAGCUGCAAGUGUGCUCAGAUGGCCACCGGAGGGUGGUGGUUUGAAGCUUGUGGUCCAUCCAAUCUCAAUGGUAUAUACUAUUCUGGAAACUCCAGUGUGAUACGGUAUAACUGUAUUAAGUGGUACUACUGGAAAGGGCCGAGCUGGAUGGUGACCAUGACCACUAUGAUGAUACGGCCUGUGGACAUCUAAAAGCAGGAAGAGACUCUUACAAAUUGGUCAUUUGACUUUACUGACAGCCAAAUCAUCCAAACAAGCUGGUGAGGUGACACCAAUGAAAAUGAUGGACAACUUAUGCAUUGGACAGCUUGUGCCCAUGUCAUUGUGGCCAUUCAAUCUGUCUCAGUUUUGUUUUUUUAGUCUGGCGAAACAGACACAUAUUGUGCCAUAAAUGUUUUAUCUCCCUGUAUAUCAAAGCUCUUCUGAUGUUAAAUGCAAUGAACUGGAAUGUCUGAUCAGUGCUUACAUUUGUUGUUUGAGCCCAAUGUCCGUCUGUUAAAACAAUAACCUUUUCCAUCCAGUGGAACAUCGGCUCUCCUGAGAUUUCUUCUCCCAUUCUAGUGCUUAUAAAGGGUUUAAGAGAUAUACCUCUAUAAAAGUGCUCAAGACACUACAACAGCUGUACGUUUUAAAAGCAAACCUUUCAUCAUAAAUAUACAUUUGUGAUAAAACAACAGACAUCAAAUCAGUCUUUCAUAAAGAAGUCUGGUCAAGUCUUCUAUACAGUAUAGGCCUAUAGGAAUAUUCAGUCAUUACAAUCUUGUACAUGUUUUAUGAUAAACGUACUGUAUGAAAGAAUGAUAAAAAAAAGUUGAAUCAAAAAGAAAGACACACGAUACUAAAGUGACUGAAAACAAUAACUUAUGAAUAAGUUGUAGAUCAGUAUGUAAGCCAGAUAAUGAUUCAGUAAACAGUCUGAUUGAUUCGGUUCACUGAAGGAUUCAACG